GCCCCCCCACUCCCCCUUCCCCGGCCGCUCGCCUGGGCGCCGUAAUCCCGGCGGCGCGGCGGGAGGAGGCGGAAGAUGGCGGUUGGGAUCGGCGGGGAGGCGGCGGCAGGAGCAGUGGUUAUGCAAACGAAGCCGUCGGCAGCCAGAGCAGGGGCGGAUCGCGGCUGAGCAGGGAGGCGGCCGGCGCCGCGACACCGCCGCCCUCCCCGGCGCCCGACCCUCCUCCUCCUCCUCUUCCUCCUCCUCCUCUCCCUCGGUCGCCGCCUCUCGCCUGCCCCGGCUCCCCCCGCCCUCGCCCGGGCCCGGCAUGGACGUUGGCGCUCCGCCGUGUCGCUGCGGGGCCGCCAGCCGCCGCUGCCGCUGAGCGGGGGCCGCCCGCCGCUCCCGGGAAAGGGGUGGGGGGGUGGGGGGGGUGGAGAGAGAAAGAUGUCGGACACCAAGGUGAAAGUUGCCGUCAGGGUCCGUCCGAUGAACAGGAGAGAGCUGGACCUGAAUACCAAGUGCAUCGUGGAGAUGGAAGGGAACCAGACCGUGCUGCACCCUCCGCCUUCCAACACCAAGCAGGGAGAAAGAAAACCACCUAAGGUGUUUGCCUUUGAUCACUGCUUCUGGUCCAUGGAUGAAUCAAACACCACAAAAUACGCAGGUCAAGAAGUGGUGUUCAAGUGCCUUGGAGAAGGAAUUCUUGAAAAGGCCUUUCAGGGAUAUAAUGCUUGUAUUUUUGCCUAUGGACAGACAGGUUCAGGAAAGUCCUUUUCAAUGAUGGGCAAUGCAGAGCAGCUGGGUCUGAUCCCACGGCUCUGUUGUGCUUUAUUUCAGAGAAUCUCUAUGGAAGAAAAUGAAUCUCAUACUUUUAAGGUCGAAGUGUCCUAUAUGGAAAUCUACAAUGAGAAAGUCAGAGAUCUGCUUGACCCAAAAGGGAGUCGGCAGUCUCUUAAGGUUCGAGAGCACAAAGUGUUGGGACCGUAUGUAGAUGGCCUGUCUCAGCUGGCUGUUACAAAUUUUGAGGAUAUUGAGUCACUGAUGUCGGAGGGAAACAAAUCACGAACAGUUGCUGCAACCAACAUGAAUGAAGAAAGCAGCCGCUCUCAUGCUGUAUUCAAUAUUAUAGUGACUCAGACACUUUAUGACCUGCAUUCUGGUAAUUCUGGAGAGAAGGUCAGCAAGGUCAGCCUGGUGGAUUUGGCUGGAAGUGAGAGAGUGUCCAAAACAGGAGCUGCAGGAGAGCGUCUGAAGGAAGGCAGCAACAUAAACAAAUCGCUUUCAACACUGGGUUUGGUUAUAUCAUCACUUGCUGACCAAGCAGCAGGGAAGGGGAAAAACAAGUUUGUGCCUUACAGAGACUCUGUACUUACUUGGCUUCUCAAGGACAACUUGGGAGGAAACAGCCAAACGGCCAUGAUAGCCACAAUUAGUCCAGCAGCAGACAACUAUGAAGAAACACUCUCUACUCUGAGAUAUGCAGACAGAGCCAAAAGGAUAGUUAAUCAUGCUGUGGUGAAUGAAGAUCCAAAUGCAAGGGUCAUCAGAGAAUUACGCGAAGAAGUUGAAAAACUGAAAGAACAGCUCUCACAAGCUGAGGCCAUGAAGGCACCAGAACUGAAGGAAAAAUUGGAAGAAUCUGAAAAACUAAUAAAAGAGCUAACAGUCACCUGGGAGGAAAAGCUGAGGAAAACAGAAGAAAUUGCACAGGAGAGGCAAAGACAGCUAGAGAGCAUGGGAAUUUCCCUGGAGUCUUCAGGUAUCAAGGUUGGGGAUGACAAAUGUUACCUGGUGAACCUGAAUGCGGACCCUGCGCUCAAUGAGCUUUUGGUUUACUAUUUAAAGGAUCACACAAGGGUUGGUGCAGAUACCUCUCAGGAUAUACAGCUCUUUGGUAUAGGAAUCCAACCAGAACACUGUGAGAUUGAUAUUGCUUUAGAUGGAGAAGUCACACUCACACCAAAAGAAAAUGCAAGAUCCUGUGUAAAUGGUGCACUGGUAUGUUCUGUCACUCAGUUAUGGCAUGGAGAUAGAAUAUUAUGGGGAAACAACCACUUUUUUAGAAUCAAUUUACCAAAGAGGAAACGACGAGAUUGGCUGAAAGACUUUGAGAAAGAAAGUUCAUUAGGAGAGCAUGAUCUGGAUGCAGCUAGUGAAGCUUCUUCAGAACCGGACUACAACUAUGAGUUUGCACAAAUGGAAGUUAUUAUGAAGACACUGAAUAGUAAUGGAGAUGAAUUUCAGAUGAAUUUGCCAUCCUGGUGGUCUUCAGUGUUGUCGUCCCUCGUGAAGAUUCUGUUGCCUGUCUUAAGGCCUCAGACCAUCCCGUAUCUGUGCCAAAACUGGGACAAAGACCCAGUACAAAAUGUGGUCCAGAUCUUGGAGAAACAGUACUUGGAAGAGAAGCGGAGUGCUCUUGAGGAGCAGCGGCUGAUGUACGAACGUGAGUUAGAGCUGCUGCGGCAGCAGCUCUCUCCAGAAAGGCAGCAUCAGCAUGGCAGCGACAGACUCUCCUACACUGCACAGACUGCACAGCAGAAAGUAAAUCUCUGGACAGAAGAGAGGGAUGAAUUGUUUCGACAGAGCCUGGCUAAACUUCGAGAGCAGAUAGUAAAGGCAAAUACACUGGUGAGAGAAGCAAACUUCUUAGCAGAAGAAAUGAGUAAGCUAACAGAUUAUCAAGUAACACUUCAGAUCCCUGCUGAAAACCUCAGUGCCAACAAAAAGAGGGGUGCAAUAGUAAGCGAGCCUGCUAUUCAAGUGAGAAGAAAAGGAAGAGGUACUCAAGUGUGGACUAUCGAGAAACUAGAGAACAAAUUGAUUGACAUGAGAGACCUCUAUCAAGAGUGGAAGGAGAAAAUUCCUGAGAUAAGGAAGCUGAUUGGCAAAAGAGGUGAUCCUUUUUACGAAGCGCAAGAGAAUCACAACUUAAUUGGUGUCGCCAAUGUGUUUUUGGAGUGCCUUUUCUAUGACGUGAAGCUGCAGUACGCUGUGCCCAUCAUCAGUCAGCAGGGGGAGGUUGCAGGACGGUUGCACGUUGAAGUUAUGCGAGUCACUGGGUCUGUCCCAGAACGCGUAGUAGAAGGAGAUGACUCAUCUGAGAACUCCAGUGAGAGCGGGAGUCUGGAAGUCAUGGAUAACAAUGGAGAAAUUAUUCAUAGAGCAAAAAAGCUCUCCUGCAGGGUAAAAAUAAAAGAAGCAACCGGACUGCCACCUAAUCUCUCCAACUUUGUCUUUUGUCAAUAUACAUUUUGGGAUCAAUGUGAGUCAACAGUGGUGGCACCAGUGGUAGAUCCAGAUGUGCCUUCACCUCAGAGCAAGGAUGCUCACUUUACAGUGACCUUCUCUCACUGUAAGGACUACGUGGUGAAUGUCACAGAGGAGUUUUUGGAGUUCAUUUCAGAAGGAGCUCUUGCUAUUGAGGUGUGGGGUCACAGAUGUACUGGCAAUGGCAGCUCUGUUUGGGAAGUUGAUUCUCUUCAUGCUAAAACUAGGACAUUGAGAGACAGGUGGAAUGAAGUAACUCGAAGAAUAGAAAUGUGGAUUUCCAUACAAGAAUUGAAUGAGAUGGGAGAAUAUACUGCAGUUGAACUCCAUCAGGCAAAAGAUGUGAACACAGGGGGGAUUUUCCAGCUUAGGCAGGGUCAUUCCCGCAGAGUUCAGGUGACAGUGAAACCCGUACAACAUUCGGGAACGUUGCCUCUCAUGGUAGAAGCGAUUCUUUCAGUCUCUGUAGGUGGUGUGACUGCCAGGUCAACCAAACUGCAAAGGGGCUUGGACAGCUACCAGAAGGAGGAGGAUGAUGGUGGUGAUAUGGAUAGUUACCAGGAAGAAGAUUUAAACUGUGUACGAGAAAGAUGGUCUGAUGCAUUGAUAAAACGCAGAGAGUACUUGGAUGAGCAGAUUCAAAAGAUCAGCAAUAAACAAGAAAAAUCUGAGGAUGAUAUAGAACGGGAAGCCCGGCUGGUUGAACAGUGGGUAGGGCUGACAGAAGAGAGGAAUGCAGUAUUUGUUCCAGCACCAGGCAGUGGAAUUCCCGGUGCCCCCGCAAAUUGGAUUCCACCUGCAGGAAUGGAAACACAUAUACCUGUUCUCUUCCUUGAUUUGAAUGCUGAUGACCUCAGUGCCAAUGAACAACUUAUAGGCCCCCAUGCAUCAGGAGUUAACUCAAUACUACCAAAGGAGCAUGGGAGUCCAUUCUUUUAUCUGCCGAUCAUAAAACACAGUGAUGAUGAGGUUUCAGCCACUGCUGCUUGGGACUCUUCUGUCCAUGAUUCAGUGCACCUGAAUAGGGUAACUCCUCAAAAUGAGAGAAUUUACUUGAUAGUGAAGACUACUGUGCAGCUCAGCCAUCCUGCUGCAAUGGAACUGGUAUUACGCAAAAGGAUUGCAGCCAAUAUUUAUAACAAGCAGAGUUUUACCCAGAGCUUGAAAAGGAGGAUAUCCUUGAAAAAUAUAUAUUAUGCCUGCGGAGUGACCUAUGAAAUAGUAUCCAAUAUACCAAAGGCUACAGAAGAAAUUGAGGAUCGUGAGACCUUAGCACUGAUGGCCGCAAGGAGUGAGAAUGAGGGCACGUCGGAUGGUGAAACGUACAUUGAAAAAUACACGCGUGGUGUGCUGCAAGUGGAGAACAUUUUGAGCCUUGAACGACUGAGACAGGCAGUCACAGUCAAAGAGGCACUCUCCACCAAAGCGAGAAACAUCCGCAGAAGCAUCAGCACUCCGAAUGUCCACAAUGUGUCCUGUAGCCGACUAGAUCUUUCUGCCUGUGAUGAAGAUGAUAAGGGUUGGUCUGAAAGUCACCUAGAUAUAUCUGACUGUUCUUCCAGUUACCAAGAUGUAUCAUGCUAUGGUACUUUACCCAGGGAGUCACCUCGCAAAAGCAAAGAUGGCAGUGGUGUUGUAGCAGAGAAUUCCCAUGCUUUAAUGGCCAGCCCUUUUAAAGCAUUUUCUCCUCAGCCACCAAAGUUUUUCAAGCCCUUAAUGCCAGUGAAAGAGGAACAUAAAAGGAAGACCCCACUUGAAAGCCGACCUCUGCUUAGUCAAGAGGACUCCGAGGAGGAAGACAGUGAGUUGGAGGCCAUUAAUAAGAAGCUGAUAAGUCCACAAAGUUUUCAAAAUUUCCGGCCUUACGUACCGGAGGAGUUUGCUGACUUCAGUGUUUACAAUGCUAGCCUGGAGAACAGGGAAUGGUUUUCUUCCAAAUCAGACUUUAUGAGUUCACGUGUUCUUGAGAAAGAGGUAUCCCGCAGCCCCACCACUAGCAGUAUUACUAGUGGCUACUUCUCCCACAGUGCCUCUAACGCCACUCUGUCUGACAUGCUUGUUCCCUGUAGUGAUAGCACAGACCAGCUAGCCAGUCACACGAAGGAGCUGGACUCUAAUGAUUCCUCAGGGUCAUCUCUUGCACAUGAUUUAAGAUCUUCUUCGAACAAGGAGUGUCAAGAGUCAGAAAAGGAGUUAGCAAGAGAAAAGUUACCUGUGUUACCACUGAAAGAAAACAGUGCCUUAAUGGAACAAGUACCACUGUCCCUCGAUGCCACUGACAGAGACUCUCAGCAGUUACCCGGAGCUGGAUCACUUUCGGCUUUAAGUUCCUCGGAUGGCAAAAAUACCUGUCGUACAAUUGAAUUUUCAGCGCGUGAAGCAACAGUUGAGCACACGACGGACAUUCUGGAAGAUCACUCCUUUACAGAGUUCAUGGGCGUCGAAGACGGAAAGGACUUUGACCAUUCGACAGCUCCGCAGUCGUGUUCCCUCGUGUCCUCUAACGGAGUGAGCGCCUCGGAGUUACCCCGAGGUGCUGGCAAGGAGCAGAGCACGUGUGUGGGCCGGCUGAGCCCUGCAGCAGCAGCGGGCGACCGGCUUGCGGACGCCGUGGAAAGCCCUUUUUGUUCUGUACUGCUAAAAGAGACUGCAGACCGUGAGACUUACCCUGGUACUUCCAUAGACGAUUUUAUUGGGAAGGACCACUUGGAUGGUUCCGAUUGUGAAGAAGGUGCUUCCGCAGAUCAAGCCCACGUCUUGCCUAGCUGGGUGGCCGUGGGUGAACAAGUCUGUGUUGGAAGUAAUAAGAUGGGCACAGUGCGAUACGUUGGAACGGUGGAUUUUUCGGCUGGAAUCUGGGUUGGAGUUGAACUAAAUGUUCAGCUGGGGAAGCACGACGGAACUGUAAAAGGCAGAGAGUACUUCCACUGCAAACCACGACACGGUGUCUUUGUUCGUCCUGGGCGCCUCAGCAAAGCACCAGCUUCCGCAAGGAAAUGGAGCAGCACUUCACGGUCUCAGGCAUCUUCUGCUCCGGAGAAACGGAAAAGUUCCGUGCUUCAAGGCUCAUCAUCCACCCCUAAAGCAGAAGGAGAAGUCCUCUGCCAUUCAGGAGAUGCAGCAGCUUCUGCUUUUUCUAGGAAACAGGAAAACAGGAAAUCUUGGAUUAACUAAACUGCAGUAUUUUUGCACUUACUACACGCAUCACUGUGUAGAAAACUUAUAUGGAUUUUUUGAAGCUAUUGAACAUUUUAAUCUGUCCAUACGGAAUGUGUAUUCUCUAGAGUCCUUGACUUAAUUCUCUAAUUUUUUAUAAAUAAUAUAUAUAUUAUAUAUAUAUAUGAAUGUGUAUCUAUAGUUUGUCUGCCAGUGAGCAGAUAUGGCUGCACACUAAAAUACAGUUAAAGCUGAUCUGUAGAUAACUGAGGUACUGGACUAUUUGCUACGCAACAACUUGGGAGAUAUAUUUUAAACAACAAAAAAUAUUUUAUUGUGGGAAAAAACAGGAUGUAAAUCCGUAUUUGGAAAAAAAAAAAAAGAGCUACGGUUUGCUGUUCUUAAUUACCAAAGAACUUGUUUUCAACUGACACAUUUGCUGUUUAUAUCUUUCUAUUGUAAAUGUUUUAACUGAUAACUUGGUGCCAUGUUUCUUUUAGUCACUGGGCACCGUGCAGCCUUAUGUUCCGUGUUUAAGCACACUGAAAUAUCCAACUGCUUCGUAUAUUUUGUCUUCCUAGAGGCCUGCCACUGUGCUGACUUGGCGUUAGAUUGAAAUGACUAACAAUGCCUGAAGCUAUAUGUCUGGCCGUUCGUAGGUUAACAGAAGCCAGCCGGGCAGUUUGACUGCAGAACCAGUAUUACUGCAAGGGUGUGAGAGGACAA